GCAAGGAUAUUUGCAAAUCAGUCAACCAUGGCUGUGAACAUACUUGUGUUAAUGCUGGUGAUUCAUUUGUUUGUAAGUGUCAGGAGGGAUUCCUGCUAAGAGAAGAUGGAAAAACAUGCAAAAAUAAAGAUCUUUGCAAAUCAGUCAGCCAUGGCUGUGAACAUGUUUGUGUUAAUACUGAUGAUUCAUAUAUCUGUAAAUGCCAUGAUGGGUUUCUACUGAGAGAAGAUGGGAAAACCUGCAGAAACAAGGAUGUUUGCAAUUCAGUCAACCAUGGCUGUGAACAAGUUUGCGUCAAUACUGAAGAUUCCUACAUCUGCAAGUGUCGUGAAAAAUUCGUACUAAAGGAAGAUGGAAAGACAUGUAGAUAUAAAGACGUUUGCAACUCAGUGGACCAUGGCUGUGAGCAUAUUUGUAUUAAUACUGAUGAUUCCUAUACCUGCAAGUGUCAUGAGGACUUCAUACUGAGGGAAGAUGGGAAAACUUGUAGGAAUAAAAGUAUCUGCAGAACAAUCAACCAUGGUUGCAAACAUGUCUGUGUUCCAACUGGUGAUUCAUAUAUGUAUCCUUGUUGCAGGGGAUUUAUAUUGAGGCAAGACAGGAAAAAAUGCAGUAAUAAAGACCUGUGUAAAUCCAUUGACCAUGGCUGUGAACAUGUGUGCAUUAGUAAUAACAAUUCAUACAGCUGUCAGUGCCAUGAGGGUUUUGUCCUGCGACAAGAUGGGAAAACAUGUCGAAAUAAAGAUGUCUGCAAAUCUGUUGCCCAUGGUUGUGAACAUAUUUGUGUUAAUAAUGACGAUUCAUAUAUCUGCAAAUGCCAGGAGGGAUAUGUUCUAAAAGAGGAUCAGAAAACAUGCAGAAGAUGUACUGAAGGCCCGGUUGACCUGGUGUUUGUGAUUGAUGGAUCAAAAAGUCUCGGAGAGGAUAAUUUUGAAAUUGUAAAACAAUUUGUCUCAGGAAUCUUGGAUGCACUUGAGAUUUCACCCAAAGCUGCUCGUGUUGGCUUGCUUCAGUAUUCCACUGAAGUUCGCACCGAGUUUACAUUAAAGCAGUUCAGCUCAGCCAAAGACAUGAAGAAAGCUGUAUCACAAAUGAAAUACAUGGGACGAGGUUCCAUGACAGGACUAGCUCUGAAGCAAAUGUUUGAGAAAAGCUUCACAGAAACAGAGGGGGCAAGACCAUUUUCAGCAAAUGUCCCUCGAAUCUCCAUUGUGUUUACAGAUGGACGGGCUCAAGAUGAAGUCUGUGAGUGGGCUACUAGAGCAAAGCAGAAUGGUAUAAUUAUCUAUGCCAUUGGAAUAGGAAAAGCAAUUGAGGAAGAACUUCUGGAAAUUGUUUCUGAGCCACCAUACAAACAUCUCUUCUAUGCGGAGGAUUUCACAGCUAUGGAAGACCUAAGUGAAGAGCUAAGAGCCCAAAUCUGUGAAGCCUUGAAAGAGACAGCUCACCAGCAGGAUCCAUCAUCUGGGAGCCUUCCUAAGCCUGGUCCACCACCUGCAGGACCUGAAUCAACCACAAUAACCAUCACAGAUGUCAUUGCCUGUCCCAAUCUUGCAAUACACCACAAGUAUCUUUUUGAAGAUGGUCACAUUCACUCAACAUCAGCAAAAGCUUCAAAAGAUAAAGACCAGUGCAAAUGUGAAAACUUUGUAACAUUCCAGAACUAUGCAACCAAUGAAGUACGGAAACUCACCCAGCGAUUGGAAGAAAUGACCAAGAGAAUGGAAGACUUGGAAAACAGGCUAAAAUACUGA